AUGAGUGAUAUGUUUUAGGGAAAUAAAAGUGGAAUCUCUUAUGGAAGUCAAUUUGAUGCGUAAUAUCAUUAAGGAAAUAUUGAAUUUUAGUUUAGGUGCUAGUUUUGGUAGAAUUGCUCCAUAAGACAAACAAAGUAUAGGAUCAAAUAAUGGAGGUGGCAGUUUUGCGUAGGUUUCUGUUUCAUUUUUGGUACAACCAGAUCAAUACAGAUCAUCAGUUGGUUUGGAGGAAGGGGCACCCCAAAUUCAAAUAUAUGAAUAUUAAGAACCCUAAAAUUAGAAAGGAAUAUUAUUCAGAAGCAGUGGAGAUUUCGAAAUGUAAUUUGAAGAGAUUCGAAUGGAUCGAUUAAAUAUAGAUUAGCAAUAAAAGGUUGAGGAGGAUGCCUAAUAAUAGCAAAAAAUGAAUUAGAGACAGUCAGAUGAAUUUGAAAUGAAAAUAUGUAAUAUUCUAUGUAUAUUAUAGAAUGUGCGGAGCAAAUUAGCACAAAUUUUAAACCUGAAAUAAAUCAAAUGGUGAAUCAAAAUAUUAUUGAAGAGAACAAGAAUCUUUUCAAUGUGAAUAUCUCCAAAAGCAUUUACACUAACAAAAUAACAUAGCUAGUUGAAUAGACCUAAUAGAAAUUGAGUUUGUCAAACAGAAAUUAAACACCAACUCAUCUAUCGUAAUUAUUUCAUAUUUAUAAUUUUAGUAAAAGCCAAUAAAAAUUAUAAAGAAAAUCACCAAAUUUAUAAAGAGAUCAUUCUGACUUCUCUUCAGAUUUUAAUCAAUAGAAUAGCAAUGAUCCUAAUCAAGAUCCGAUCUAAUAAAAACUAGCUAAGAAUAGAGAAUCAGCAAGAAAUUCUAGAGCAAGAAAGAAGAUUUAUUAUGAAUUAUUGGAAGUGAAGGCUUAAGAAUUGCAGAAUGAAGUGGAUUCAUUAAAAUCAUAAAUUUAGAAUUAGUAAAAAUACGCAGAAAUUUGUAAUAAAUCAUAAGAAAAAGUAUUGUAAUCUUCGAUCAUAUUAGUUUUAAAUGUUCUUAGAAUAGUAAUAAUUAUUGUUUGAUAAACUUGAGACAUAUUUAAUAAAAAAUAAAGACAAUAUGGAAAUCGGAAUGAUUUUGGAUGCAUUAAGAUAUAGAACGAAUUCAAAUAGUUAAGAAAGAAACGAUGCCGCAAGGAACCACUUUGAUUAAAUGGUAGAAGUCUGUUUACCAAUUCAAACUCGAUAUUUGAUAUAUGCAUUGGAAAAGAACAAAGAUUUUUUUGCUUAACAACCAAAGUAUUUUUUUACAAUUCAAUAUCAGUGACUAUUCUGAUUGGAUGGUUGAUUCUUUCUAAAAGACUGAUAUAAAGCCAGAACAAAUUGUAAAGGUUAAAAAGAUGAAAACGAAACUACAAAGUGUAAGGAACAAUAUAUCUGAGUAUCUAAAUUCAUUUAAAUAAGUUCAAUUCACAAAAUCAAAGAAUAAUUGAAGUUAAUUUAGAGUGAAGCUUUGAAAGUUGAUUAAAUGUGGGAACAAUUGAAGGAAUGCUUAACACCUAUUUAAUUAGGUUCUUGUAUCUUGGCAAUGAGAUAAGUACUGUUAAUAUAUUAUUAAAAAAGAACCAAUACAGACAAGAAUUGUAAACAUCUUCUUUGUUUCUGCAACUCAAAAACUCUUAAAUGGUAUUAAAACUUAAUUUUAAUCUAAAUAGUCAGAGGAAGAGGAAGUUCAAGGUAGCUAAGAACAAUUUACUGCCCCGAAAAACAGAAAACUAAUAAAAAAGUCACAGAAUUGA